UUAACCUCUGUUUCUUCUGUUUUUCUCUCUAAAAUAGUUUUAAAUCUUCAAAGCUAUAAUGAUGAGAGCGAUAGGCUUGCGGAGCGGCUGGACAUUUUUCACACUAUUAAUUUGUAGUCUCAUAAGUCUUUUAGUUCUUCUUCUGCGCCACACAACUGCGGUGCAACCGCACAAGAAAAACUGCAAUUUAUUCAGAGGAAGUUGGAUUGAGGAUGAAAUUAAUAAUUAUCCUCUUUAUAAUUCAACUCAUUGUCCUUUUAUUGAACAUGAAUUCAAUUGCCAGAGGAAUGGUCGUCCAGAUAAAGAUUACCUUAAAUAUAGAUGGAAGCCUCAUGGUUGUUCCUUAACAAGAUUUGAUGGAGGUGCAUUUUUAAAGAAAUUCAAAGGAAAAAGCAUAAUGUUUGUGGGAGAUUCUCUUAGCAGAAAUCAGUGGCUGUCACUUGUAUGCCUUCUUUACACAUCACUGCCUAAAGCCAAUUAUAAUACAACAAGACUUGGUGAUGUCUCCAUUUUCACCUUUUUGGAUUUUGGAGUUCAAGUGAUGUUAGACCGGAGUGUAUAUUUAGUGGAUGUUGUGAUGGAAAAAAAGGGAAGAAUAUUAAAAUUAGACUCAAUUGAAGGUGGUAAAUUAUGGAAAGGAAUUGACAUGCUCAUUUUCAACACUUGGCAUUGGUGGAAUCGUAGAGGAAUUUCUCAACCAUGGGAUUAUAUUAAAGUAGGAGGCAAAUAUUACAAAGAUAUGGAUCGUAUGGUUGCUUUUGAGAAAGCGUUGCUUACAUGGGCUAAGUGGAUUGACACCAACAUUAUUCCUUCAAAACAAUUGGUCUUUUUUCAAGGAAUUUCACCAUCACAUUACAAUGGUACCGAAUGGGGUCAACCAGGCAUAAAAUCGUGCUCGGGGCAGACGCGACCGCUAAACGGAUCAACGUAUCCGGCAGGUCUACCACCAUCAUUGACAGUGCAAAAAAAUGUAUUACGAACAAUUAAAAAGGAAGUGACAUUGCUUGAUGUGACCAAUCUUUCGUUAUUACGUAAAGAUGGACAUCCUUCAAUUUAUGGAAUGAAUGGAAGAAAAGGAAUGGAUUGUAGUCAUUGGUGCCUAGCAGGAGUUCCUGAUACUUGGAAUGAAAUAUUAUAUAAUCUUGUUAUUUGAUU